AUGAACGAAGACGUCAAAGUGAAGGUGGUGGACAACAAGGAGGUGGUGGUGGAAGGUCGUGCGGAGAAGAAUGACGGAACCGUAAGGUCAAGCAAGAGCUUCUGUCGACGCUUCACUCUUCCUGGCGCAGUGGACAUGAAUUCUGUCACCUCAGCCAUGUCCUCCGACGGUGUCCUCACCAUCACUGCGCCCAAGAGAACUCAAGCAGCGCAAGCAGCAAGGCCUUCACGACCAGCAGUUCCUUCCACACAGUCAAAACGUCUUCGUCCCACAACAGUGCAAUUGCCAGUGAAAGCAAAACAGCCACGAACAGUGAUCAGCCAGACACGCAUCUCCUCCUUGAAAACCAGGCUGACCGAGAGGUUAUGCUGCCCAUCACCUCACGGGGUCAUUUCCACCACGACUCUUUCUUCGAGAAUCUCCGCCAGCAGUUCGACACAGCCGUGCGAGACAUGCUGGAUCUGUGGGAUUCACGCAUCCUUCGAGGACGACCUUCUCUCCUACAGACGAAUGCGAGAUCUCAACCUCACGGAAGAGACUCAGGCUCUCUCCGUCAGCCAAGACAACACGUCGCAUCAGGUCGUGAUUGACGUGCGCGACUUCAUGGACGGCGACAUCAAGGUGAAGGUGGUGGACGACAGCGAACUGGUGAUCGAAGGCAGCGUCGAGAAGCGACAAGAUGGCGCCAUCUCGAAGAAGACUUUCUGUCGACGCUUCUCAUUCCCAGGUCUCUUGAGCGAAGACGCUGUGUCCUCGUCCAUGUCGGCAGAUGGAGUUCUUACUGUCACUGUUCCAAAGAAGAAUUCCUUGACAAACAACAAGGAGGGCCAAACUAUCAAAAUCACUGCCUCGCACAAAAAAGUCUGCAGAUGCUACAAAGACUCACACGAACAUCACCAACAACGUCGAAACGAAACAAGUUAGUGUCGAAGGAAAAACAUCAAGAUCGUCUGGAGUGAAAGUGCAAGAGGAUCAGACUCAGUCGACGGAGUCUCAGAACACGCAGGACUCGAGCGACUCGACGCAGGCCAACCCACUUGCUUCGUUCCAC